CACAACAUCACAUUCAAAAGUAUUCUUGAAUUCAGCUGCUUCUCCAGACUUACUUGUAAAACAAACAAAAUGUUCAAGCUGUUCAUAUUCGCCUGCUUCCUGGCCCUCGCUGCCGCCAAACCUGGAGUACUAGCGCCGGUGGCGUACACCGCUCCCGUAGCGGCGGCGUACACCGCGCCCGUGGCGGCCGCGUACACAGCACCCCUCGCGUACUCCGCGUACUCCGCCUACACUGCCCCUGUUGCUGCGUACUCGGCGUACAGCUAUGCCUCACCAUACACCGCCUACUACCUACGUCGCUAGAAUCCUGUAAUAAUAAAAAAAUAAUAAAUAAAUGUGUUAUCAAAGCCGAACAAUAAAUU